CUUAGCAUAUUCAUACACACUGUUCAUACUGCUUAAACCAAAUCAUUAAAAUAAAAUAUAUUGUAAUGUAAUGAUUUGGUUUAACCUUAUUUAUUGAAUACAUAAUUUAAAAUGGCAAGAUUAAAUCAAAUUACAUCCAUGUUGUACACAUCAUAAAGCUUAAAGUGGCAGCUAAAGAAUUAACACAGCAGCAGGUCUGUUCAUUUCAUGCUCAUUAAGCUUCAUGUGUGCGGAUCUGAAGGGACUGAUCAUUUGUAGCCUGUCCACCUAUCAGUUUUGCAAACAUUAAGAGGGAGGAGCAUUUCUAAUUAUGGAACCCAGUCACUGGUGUGGUUCAUCAUCAUGACUGAAUUAACAAACCUAUAUAAAGCAAUGGAGAUCACCUUUGUCUACAGUAGGUAAAAUGGAAUUUGUGGUGCUUACACUGUGUGACGAACAGGGAGACAUCACUGUAAGAGUCUCACAAGACAUUUCCCAAAGACUACAAAAUGAUAACAGUUUAGCAGCUGCACUUAUGCAGCAAGCAAGGGCUGCAACAAAUGCACAAGUCCCUUUAGAUUUGUCUUCAGAUGCUAGGCCUGCUCCUGAAAGGCCUGCUCCUGAUGAAAGACCUGCUCCUGACAAAAGGCCUGCUCCUGAUGAAAGACCUGCUCCUGACGAAAGGCCUGCUCCUGAUGAAAGACCUGCUCCUGACGAAAGGCCUGCUCCUGAUGAAAGACCUGCUCCUGACGAAAGGCCUGCUCCUGAUGAAAGGCCUGCUCCUGUAAGGCCUGCUAGAUCCCAAGCUGGCACUCCUCACCUGGCAUCCCCCUCCAGCCGGUCAGAACACCUUGAGGCAACACAAGAUUUCACACACAACACCAUACUGCUGCUUUUGGACCUGACAAAAACACACCAACAGGUGUACUAUCACUCCAAACCCGGUUUUUACAAAAUUCUACAACGGCAGUUCAGCAAGGAGGGAUACAGUUUCUCCUCAGACAAAAUCCGGAAAAAACUCAACAACCUUUUGACCACCUACAAAAGGGCCAAGGACCGUUGUACCUCAACAGGAGAGGGGAACAUAACGUGGGAAUAUUAUGGGAUAAUGGACAACCUGUUUGGGAGGUGCGGUGUUGGGAGCGCACCUCCAGGCACUCUUGUUUCCACCCCUCUAUUACCCACUGCCUCACAACCAUCCACCACACUGCCGUGUGCCUCUGAGGCCCAGCCUGGUCCCUCCAUGACCCUGCCCACCACUCAGCCGAGAUCAAUCCGGUCUCGAGUCUCCCAUCCCUCCUUCUACGACCUGUAUGAGGCCCACUCGGAGAGGAGGACCAGUGCACUGGAGACACUGGUGCGGCCAGAACAGGAGCGCCGGAGAAGGCUGAAGGAGAGAAAUAGGAGGAGGUUUGAAGCUAAAAUGUUGACUGCGAUGGGAGAAGUUGUUUCCCAGUUAAAGUCCAUUGGGAGCCAACAAGAGCGCAUCAUUGAGCUUUUGCAAGACAAGCCCAAUAUGCCAUAAUUUCCCCCACACUGGGUAUUCCCUGAAUUAAUUUGUUUAUAAAGAACACCACCUCAGUUUGUUUAUGGAAGUAAUAUUGUUUAGAUUAGUUAUUUAUUUUCCUCGUUAUGCAGUUGAGUUAUUAUUUCAUCCCUGGCAAUUGCCUUGUAAUAUUUGUAUUUGUAUACACUAAGUGUUCACAAUGUUUAUAUGCAAUUAUUAUUUAUUUGCCAAGUACAUGUGUACAUAUGUAUAUAUAGUUAUUUCAUUUUCAAAGAAGAUAGUCAACUGCUAUUGACAUGUGCAGAAAAUGACCAUAUCUAGUUUUCAUAUAUAUACAUUUAUUUU